UUCAACAACUGAGCAGCGCCUGACCUGGCUGGGCCGAGCUUGCAAGCCUGAUCUGGCCCUGGAACUUGAGGCUAAUUUGACGCUUGUGCGAUGAGCCUGAUCUGGCUGUCAAGAUCUGCACCUGAUCUGGCUCCUCCCUUAUUCUGAGCCUGUUUUGGUCCGGGGGUUCAAGCCUGAUCUGGAAUUGGGCGCUGGGCUUUUGAGUCUGAUGUGGCUCGCAGCCCUGAUAGGAAAGUCAGCUUGCCAUGAGAUGGCAACAUGAUCUCCACAGGACCAUGUCAGCGGGGCAGUGUUCUUUGGGCAGAGUCCUGUGCUAUUUGGAGCAUCGUCGGAAAAUUCGGAAUGGCUGUUCCACUGGUGCUGCAUGUGGAAUUCCUGGCAUUGUUACAAAGGGCAUGUUAUUACAAUGCAUUAUUCAACAUGUAACAGUGGUAGUGUUGUAGCAAAGACCCUCCCUUUGAACGGAGAAUUCUGUUUAUCGUCUUGGAAAAUUAGAAAGAAAAACAAAGGCACCACCACCAUUGUUUGGAUUGUUACAAUGACACGGAGUUUUACGACGAUGGUGCUUUGAGAAAGAGCUACAGUACACCUACGGCAGAUGCAUGCAUCUGACUGGUUCUGUCACCCUGAUGGCACCUUCUAUGUGCAGAUUGGAUGAACACGGAAUGUAAGAGCAUCAGCGCUGCAAUUACAUUGAGAUAUUUUUAAUGGAUAUUGAUCCACACCACCUGCUGUCACAGACACGGUGUCUGUCUGCAUCUAAAAGGAGCAAUGAUGUUUGCAAGCAACAGGGAAUUGAUUAUGUCGGUAGCGCACAGAAUAAUGAACUAAAGCGCUUGUGUACAAUAGUAUACGACACCUUCAAGGUACUUCUGUUGCAUACGGACAGCGGCCCACCCGCAGAUAUGUCACCACAAAUCAAGUGUAAAUUUGAAGCCUGCACAGCC